CAAUAAUUCUAUUAGAUUUCAUCAAACGAGUAUAAAACAGUUAUGUUCGUUUACGAAAGUUGAAUUUCGCGCGGCUGGAAGAUUUGAACGGAUGAUGUUUACAAACACGCCAAGGUUGUAGCGCGUGUGGGCGUCUUAAGCAUUUCAAGGGCACACUAUAAAACGGCGAUAACAAGGUCGAAGGUGGUGGUAAAUAAAUUUCACGCAUAUUGAAUAUCAGAUACAUUCUGAAAAAUGGCAGAUCGCAAUCCUUGUAAAGUGUGUUCAACGCAGCAUACUGUUGUUUUUGUUCGUCAUGGGGAGAGCGAAUGGAAUCGAAGAAACAUAUUUUGUGGGUGGUAUGAUGCUGACCUAAGUGAAGAAGGCAUUCAACAAGCUGUCAAAAUCGGCGAACAAUUAAAGGAUUUUGACUUCGACAUAAUAUACACGUCACUCUUAAGACGAGCUUAUGAUUCGGUUGAGAUGGUUCUGAAGACUAUGGGGAAGACCAUAACAGUAAUAAAGGCUUGGCAACUGAAUGAGAGGCAUUAUGGUGCUUUGACUGGGCUCAAUAAGGCAGAAACUGCCGAAAAGUAUGGUUUAGAAAAGGUACAGAUAUGGAGGAGAAGUUACGAUGUUUUGCCCCCGCCAAUGGAGAAGGAUCAUCAUUUAUACAAUGCUAUUGUCAAUAAUCCUGUCUUUCUUCAACAUGGAAUUGAAGAAAAAGAUAUUCCUAAAACAGAAUCACUUAAAACCACUCUUUCACGAGUUUUACCAUACUGGGAGAAUGUUAUUGGUCCAGUUAUUAAGGAAGGGAAGAGGGUGCUUAUCAUUGCCCAUGGAACGUCUUUGAGAGGUCUUGUGAAACAUAUUGAUAGUUUGUCUGAAGAAGAAAUCAUGAAACUUAACCUGCCAACUGGCAUACCUUUCUCAUACACUCUGGACAAAAACUUGAAGCCAGUGACUAGCAGGAAAUUCUUCUGUGAUGAUGAAACAUUGAAAAGAGAAGUUGAAAAAGUUGCUGGAAUUGGAACCAAAGAACAGUGAACACAAAAAAAAAAAACUACAACAACAACAAAUGUUUAAAUUUGAUUUUGUGAACUAAUACAUAAUAUUUACAAGUGUUAUGUCAGAAGUGGAAAAAUAUUAACGUUCUAAUAUAAAAGACUGAAUAAUAUAUAAUGUGUCAAACACUAAAAUAACAAUCAAUUGCAACAUUUCAGGUUUAGUGGAAUUUUGAAUGUUGAAGACUUAACAAAUCCACAUAUAUUCUACUUUUGUAUGCCUUUUGAGGUCCACUGUUUUGAUUACAUUUAUGAAUCAGUAACAGUUUCUCCUUGCUAAUUAAUCAAUUGUAAAGUGAGGAAAUUCAUAAAAGGUAGAAAAGUAUGCAACUCCUUGCAUCAGUAUUAAUAUUCUGUGAUAUUCCAAGUUAUAGAUGAGAGCAGAUGUGAAUUGUCAUCACAUGCAAAUUGAAUAAAUUAAGUAUUAUUAUUGAUAUUGUAAUGUUUUAAUCUGUUACAUAUGUGUAUUAUUUCAAAGAUAAUAUAUAAAGUAUUUUAUUGUAUUCAAAUAUUGUACAAAUCAUUUAUAAGACUGACAUCUGUACAUUUUAAUAUAUUACAUUGCAUUCACAGAAGCAUGUUCUUAAAUUACCUUUAACUCUUCCAGCACAACUCAAGUAGAAUUUAUGAGUAAAUCAAGUAAAAAUGUUAAUACAUAUGAUUUGUUCGAAGUACAUAGCUUUUUCAAGAAUAACGGUGCCAAGAAAGUGUAGGCAUAUAUCAUAGCGUGUCAAGGCCAAUAAAUACACAUUUCAAACAUGAUUGCCAGUUAAAAGAAUAAAAGUCACUCACAGCCUUCUGGUAUUUCAUCACAAUUAUAGCAGAAUCGUAUGUACUAUUUUAUCUAGCAUACACAAAAGUCAUGAUCCCCCAAUACAGCAACUAGAUCUUUUAUCUUUGGCUGUUAAACAAAUAGUUUCUUCCACUUGUUUCAUGUUUUCAGGAUUUGAUAUAUAAUCUUCAGCUAUCAUAUUAAAUAGCGUGUCAACAUUCUCUCCUGUUUUACUAGAAGUUUCCACAUAUUUUGCCAUGAUUCCAUCAGCAUAUUUAAUUG